AUGUCGCUUGGCAAUGUGCCCUGGACACGGCCUAUUCUCGUGGAGCGCCGGCUCCAGGUCACACAUAUAUACGAAGGCCUCUCGGGUAUCAUCGACAACUUGGCGAAAGAAGAUGCUCCCGUCAAUUGCAACUUCGAAUUAGGCCCUUCGUAUGACGUUGAAAAGCUGUUGGAGGAGCAUAGCUCCUGGACUGCACAAGACUGGGACCGCAAUUGGGACAUGCACGAACAGGAAGGAUUCGAUACUGCAGCCCCAUUACCACCAUGGCAUAUGCUUCGACUGCACCGUGUCUUUGACUAG